CGUAGAUCGACGGAUGUACUCGCUGAAGCUAGGUACAAGUGCCCCGUUACUUACGCCGGACGGUACUUCGUACAUUUAUUUUAUAUAUUCGUCGGGUUGUUAAUUCAAAAUUACGACUUUUAAUCCGUUCAACUAUCCAAAUGCCAUAUCACAUCGUUUACCAGCAGUUGUCUACAGAUAAAUAAGUGUGAUGGCUAAUUCAAGAUUCGAAUAUGUCAAGCAAUUCGAGCAAAUCGACCACUUACUGCCCAAUACCUGGAUCGUGGUUAGAAUAGAUGGCAGAGGCUUCACAAAACUAUGCGCCAAAUAUAAUUUCGAAAAACCCAAUGAUCGUAGAGCUCUUGACUUGAUGAAUGCUGCUGCCAAAGCAGUCGUGAGUGAGAUCCAUGAUAUUACAAUCGCAUAUGGCGUUAGCGACGAAUUCAGUUUCGUUUUCCACAAGUCAAGUGCUCUGUUUGAAAGGAGAUCCAGCAAGAUAGUUUCGACAAUUGUCUCAACAUUCACAGCCUAUUAUAUCCAUCUAUGGGCAACCUAUUUCCCAGACACGCCAUUAUCUCCUCCCCUUCCUAGCUUUGAUGGCCGAGCCGUUUGCUACCCCAACGUACAAAACCUACGCGACUAUAUGAGCUGGCGCCAAGCAGACUGUCACAUCAACAAUCUAUACAACACUACAUUUUGGUCGCUUGUCCAAAUAGGAGGUGUCAAUGCGAAGGAUGCAGAGAAGUUGCUAUCGGGGACCCUCGCUGCUGAUAAGAACGAGAUGUUAUUCUCGAGAUUCCACAUCAACUACAACAACGAACCGGAGAUCUUUAAGAAGGGGAGUGUAGUAUAUCGAGAUUACGAACUCGUUGAGCCAGGCACUCAUGACGUGGCAACAGCUGUUGAUCAGCUAGGGGAACCAGUGCAACAGUCCAAGACUCAGGAGGAUAAUAUCAAGAAGCGCCGUGCCAAAGCUAGAGUGUUGGUUGAUCAUGUAGACAUUAUAAAGGACGACUUCUGGGAGAGACGACCUUGGUUGUUGUCCAACAAACCAGGAGCGAUCCCUAAGGAAACAUAA